AUGGAAGGCAAAAAACCUUUUGAACGCCUUUCCACAGUGGUUCGUCCUGUUAACUACGAUCUCACUUUCAAGACAGAUUUAGAAAAAUUUACUUUUGAGGGAAAGGCAGACAUCAGUGUGGAAACUUCAGCGCCCACAAAGAGUGUCAUGCUGAACAGUGUCAGCUUGGAUAUUGUUCAAGUUGCUUUUAAAUCUCAAGAACAAAGUUUUGACAAAGUUGAAGUGAGUUUUUCAAAAGAAGAUGAAACUGUUACUUUCACUUUCCCAGAAGAACUGAAGGUAGGACCAGGCAACAUAAUUAUAAACUUCCUUGGUGAGCUGAAUGAUAAGUUGAAAGGAUUUUACAGAAGCAAGUACACAACUCCUGCUGGUCAAGAAAAGUAUGCUGCUGUAACCCAGUUUGAGCCUACAGAUGCCAGGCAAUGCUUUCCGUGCUGGGAUGAGCCUGCUAUCAAGGCAACAUUUGACAUCACUUUGGUGGUUCCACAAGAUAAAGUUACAUUAUCUAACAUGCCUGUAAAAAAAGAAACCAAAGAUGAAGAUAAUAAGUUGAAAACAGUUUCAUUUGAAAGAAGUCCAAUAAUGUCAACCUACCUGCUUGCCAUGGUUGUUGGUGAGUAUGAUUAUGUUGAAGAGAAGGAUUCUGAUGGAGUCCUGAUCAGAGUCUAUACUCCUUUGGGCAAAAAGGAACAGGGUCUUUUUGCAUUGAGUGUUGCUACUAAAACUCUUCCAUUCUACAAAAACUACUUCAAUAUUGCUUACCCUCUUCCAAAAAUGGACCUGAUUGCAAUAGCUGAUUUUUCAGCUGGUGCCAUGGAAAACUGGGGCCUUAUAACAUAUCGUGAGACGGCACUGCUGAUCGAUGAGAGCAAUUCAUCAACUGCCACCAAACAGCGAGUGGCAUUGGUUGUUGGUCAUGAAAUUGCUCAUCAGUGGUUUGGCAAUCUUGUAACCAUGGAAUGGUGGACCCAUCUGUGGUUGAAUGAAGGGUUUGCAUCUUGGAUUGAGUACCUCUGUGUUGACCACUGCUUUCCAGAGUUUGACAUCUGGACACAGUUUGCAAGCUCUGAUUUCAGCGAGGCUCUCAAUUUAGAUGCUCUCAAAAACAGUCAUCCAAUCGAAGUAGCAGUUGGCCACCCAUCAGAAAUUGAUGAAAUAUUUGACUCCAUAUCAUACUGCAAGGGUGCCUCAGUUAUCAGGAUGUUGCAUGAUUACAUUGGAGAUAGGGACUAUAGAGCUGGUAUGCAUGCCUACCUCUCCAAGCACCAGUACAAGAACACCUUCACUGAAGAUCUCUGGGAAUCACUAGAACAGGCCAGUGGCAAGCCCAUCAACGAAAUCAUGAGCACAUGGACCAAACAAAUGGGCUAUCCUGUCAUUAAGGUUUGUCAACAGAUGAAAGAAAACUGUAGACAAUUGAAAUUGGAGCAGCAAAGAUUUAUUGCUGAUGGCAGUCAUGAAAAUCAAACCUGGUUGGUGCCUAUCACCAUCUGCACUCAAUCAAGUCCAACUGUACCUGUCCACAAAUUUGUGCUAAGAGGUGAAAGUGAAAUGAUCACAAUUGAUAAUGUCAAGUCUGAUGAAUGGGUUAAGUUGAAUGUUGGUGGUGUUGGAUUCUAUAGAGUUCAUUAUGCCCCUGACAUGUUGCGUCAGUUGAUUUCAUCACUCGAUUGUAAAGUUCUCUCCCCAAGGGAUAGACUUUCUCUACAAAGCGAUCUUUUUGCUCUGUGUCGUGCCAGUGUCGCCAAGAUUGAUGAUGUAUUGAAAGUGGUUGGCUCAUUCUCUCAUGAAGACAACUACACAGUAUGGACAGACUUGACCUCCAAUCUUGCCAAUCUUUCCAUCCUCUACCAGUACACUGAUUUCCAUGAUUCCUUCAAAGCAUUCCUUAGAAAAUUGUUCACUCCUAUCAUGGGCACAAUUGGAUGGGAACCCAAAGAGUCAGAAGGUCCAUUGACUGCAAUGUUGAGAAGCUUAGUGAUCAGUCAGUUAGGUAGGAAUGAUGAUAAAGAUGUGGUGGAAGAGGCCAAGAAGAGAUUUGAGCAGUAUUGUAAUGAUGGAGUAAAACUCUCCAGUGACCUUAGAGGAGCUCAUUUAAAAAGGCAUGAAUUCUAUAAUAUUUUUAAGGUUUACAGCAUUGCUCUUGGCCAUGGUGGAGAAAAAGAAUUUGAAAGCCUAUUGAAGUUGUACAAAACUGCUGACCUUCAAGAAGAGAAAGUAAGGAUCCUCAGAGCCCUCGGUUCUGUCAAGUCAACUGAUCUCAUUAACAAAGUUCUUGAUUUUGCUAUUGGGAAAGAUGUACGUUCUCAAGAUACUGUUUUUGGAAUUUUGGGUGUGACAGGAUCUGCUGAAGGUCGUGAUUUGGCCUGGAAAUUUGUGAAAAAGAACUGGAAUGAGUUGCAUGAAAGAUACCAAGGAGGUUUCCUGUUAGCUCGUCUUAUCAAGGGUACCACUGAAGAUUUUGCCUCUGAAGAUUGCCUGAAAGAUAUUGAAGAGUUUUUCAAAGUCCACCCAGCACCAUCUGCUGAAAGAAAUAUCAAACAAAGUUUGGAGAAUAUCAAGCUAAACAUCAGUCAACUAGAAAGAGAUGCUCCAGUUGUCCGAGAAUUCUUGGCAAGCUAUAUAUAG